AUGGCCAACCCAAAUCUCUCACAGCAGACCAGUCGCGCAUCAACAAACAUAACCCUUAUCAAUAAUGGUUGGACUCUCUUACCUUCGGACGGUCCUCUCAGAGUAGCGGUCGAGAAAUUCAUCAAGGACAAUCCAAAAAAAGACCUCACGCAGUUUGAGAAGACAACAUACGAUGAACUACGUAACGCUGUUCAGCAGAUCCAACAGGAACAGAACGAACGCCGCGAGAUGAUGAAUCUUGCUCGCAUACAAUCAUUCCUUGAAGCUAUGCACCAAUUUGGCAAGGUCAUCGAAGUUUUCCUAAACGUCACAGAUGCUCUCGCUUUCGUCUGGGGCCCAAUGAAGCUCUUGCUGCAGACCGCAAGUACAUUCACCGACUCUUUCGAGGCUUUACUGAGAGCCUAUGAACAAAUCGGAGAGCAGCUGCCUCUUCUCUCGGAGUAUGACAGUCUAUUUCGCUCGAAUCUACACGUGAAAGACGCUUUGAUACGGAUGUACAUCGAUAUACUGGAGUUCCACCAACAGGCGCUGAGAUUUUUUCGGGGGAGUAUGUGGAAAAACUUCUUUCGUGCUAUGUACGUGGAUGAAAUGGCGAAGCUGACCUCGAAGAUUGCCGAUAUACUCGCUCAGGAGCAGCGCAAGAAAAUGGGUACGGUCAAAGAAUGGCUCGCUGUUGGGCAGCAGAAUUCCGGGUUCCAUACCUCGUACGGACAGAUUCGGAAAGAGUAUCCCAAUACGACCCAAUGGAUAUUGAAGCAUGAGGCAGUGAAGAACUGGUUGGCUGCUGAUCCUCCCGCCACACCGAACUUGUGGAUCAAUGGUAUUCCAGGUGCAGGUAUUAUUUGCUUCUUUUAUUGUCGCAACGACGAUCCUCUAAGCUCUUCACCGGUUGGUAUCAUUAAAGCACUUGUUGAUCAACUGCUGACCCAGCACCCUUACCAUUUACCUCCAUGCUACACCGCACGGACCACGAGUGGCGAGCCUGUACUUCGGUCUCUUAGCCUAGCGACCAAAAUGCUGCGAGAGUUUUGUCUCACACUUGAGAAGGUAUUCAUUGUAGUUGAUGGUCUGGAUGAGUGCAGUCAGGUUGAGAGAAAGCAAGCUUUGGAUGUGUUGAUGGACAUCGUAUCUCAAUGCGACGUUACUGAGGCCGGAAAACUUCGCCUGCUCGUUGUUAGCCAGGAUUAUAUGGACAUUCGACGUACACUCUUUGGCUCAGGGAACGCUAAGCUGGUUCCAAAGGUUGUCCAAAUCUCACAUGAAGACAAUGAAGGUGAUAUCUUCAUGUAUGUCAAAUUCUGGGUGGAUAAGAUCGAUUCGAAGUUCGAGCUGGGUAGGGAUGUAACUGAAUACCUGACCAAUCUAACAGUGGCGAAUGCCAAAGGCAUGUUUCUGUUUGCAAAGCUAGUCAUGCGUAAUUUGUACGACCAGGCAACCCGGGAGGUGUUGUUGGACGCAAUCAGAACCACAAAUUUCCCUACAAAGCUCAAAGAAGCCAAGGAAGAGUGGAACGAGGCUACCAAACUCCUUGGUUGGAUGGUUUGUGCAAAGCGACGUCUGACUUGGCGCGAGAUGCAAAUAGCCUUGUCGAUCGACAUCGAUAACCAGACGAUAGAUUACGACAAUAAACGCCUCCGAAAGCACAUACACGAGAUUUGCGGAUCCCUGAUUUCGGUCCACAGUGAUCAGGUGUCUUUUGUCCAUAGCACAGCAAAGACGUUCAUCACACAUGUCAUCCCCGACAUUCACGAACCUUCAAUCGAGUGCAACCUUUCAGUGCUUUGCCUUCAAUACUUGACAUUCCCCUGCUUCGACAAGUUUGAAGAUGACGACGAGAAGGAACUUCAACGGCUUGCACUAGAGGGCUAUCUUGCACUUCAAGACUAUGCCAUCGCGACUUGGUUUCAUCAUAUCAACGCGUUCGUCAAUAGUAGCCAAGAGUUCCUUGUUAGUUUGUCUGACCAGGAUCCUCGUCUCGAUUCCAUUGAGACAGCCCUUGACGACUUUAUGUCAAAGUACGGAGAAGAGGAUUGGGAGAAGGGAUUGGUUGAAGAGUGCAAAAACAGCUGCCGAGCAUUCGAAGACUUCUCUCUAUUUGAGAAUCUUGUUCUACUCACCAGCCACAUCUACACCUUCCAGAAGAAAGGUUUUGAGGCUAGGCACAAAAUCAGCAUUGGGGGCCUUGAUGAGGCACUCAAAAGGAAUCGCAAAGUCUUGGAGGAGCUUCCCGCCAAGCUCGAGAAAGCCAAAGCGACAAAGGACCUAACUACUUAUUCCAGAUUCUACGACGCGGAAAAACCGUACAAGUGCAACAGGAUCACUUGUCGAUACUUCUCCGAAGGAUUCAAGGACAAGCAAUCCAGGAAGCGGCAUGUGAACGUUCACGAUCGUCCGUACCAUUGCGAUGUGCAGGACUGUCUUGGGCAAGAAGGUUUUGCGAAAGAGAACGAUCUUCAGAAGCACAUGCGAGCGUUCCAUCCUGAAUUGUGUGAUCUCGCACAAACGUUCAACAGCGCAACAGCAAAACGUGGAAAGGCCGAUCACGCCUGCGCAAUCUGCGGCAAGACGUUCACGCGCAGCUUCCAUCGCAAGAACCACGAAGCCAGCCAUCGAGGUGAGAGACCACACAGUUGCCCGGAAUGUGGCAAAGCGUUUACAAGAGCGAACGAUUGCAAGCGACACCAAAAAAUUCACGAACGGAAAUCGAAGUAA